UUUUUUCAGUGAGAGUAUUGUGAGUUCAGGAGAGUACACUAAAGAGCUGCUGAACAAAGUCCUUCUCAAUCUGGUUGAUAUAGGUGGGCAGCCUGGAUUUGUGGAGAUGUUUCCAUUUCUAAGCAAAGGCGCAGGGAUUUUCCUGGUAUUCUUUCGAUUGGACAAAAACCUCGAUGACACAUGUCAAGUCUUCUACGAACGAGGAAAGGACAAGAUCACACCGUACGUUUCAAUGUACACAAGCAGAGAAACGAUCUAUCAAAUCCUCUCAGGUAUCAGCCACCAUACCAAGAUUGACUCAGAUAUUGACAGAAAGCAGUGUAGUAAACUGGGCAACCUAGGUUCUGCUAAGCCUGUUGCUACCCUCAUAGGUACUUUCAAGGAUGAACUGGCAAUGCAAAUCAAAGUCGAUCUUCUGUACGAGAAAUAUUGUGCCUCAAAAAAAGCUGUCAAUCAGAGCGAUUGUACUGCUGCCGACAACAGCGAUAGUACCACUGCCAGCAAGAGCGAUAGUACCACUGCCAGCAAGAGCGAUAGUACCACUGCCAGCAAGAUUGAUAGUACCACUGCCAGCAAGAGCGAUGGUACCACUGCCAGCAAGAGCGAUAGUACCACUACCAGCAAGAGCGAUAGCACCACUGCCAGCAAGAGCGAUAGCACCACUGCCAGCAAGAGCGAUAGCACUGCCAGCAAGAGCGAUAGUACCACUGCCAGCAAGAGGGAUAGUGGCCAUAAACAACUCGAACAAAAGAAAGCAAUUUCGAACAUUUUGAAUCAAACUGAUGAGCAUGCUAACGUCAGUGUAGAAGACAUGGCUGCCAUUGAGCAAACAGUCAGCCAACACCUCAACUCAGACACUUUCAAGAAAGAUUUCAAAAACCGUUUAGAGCAAAAGUUGACAGAGAAAAACGAAGCCGUGAGCACGAUUACCAGCAAGUUUGAGAAUUUACUUUCCAACCCAAAAGACAAGAAAUUCCAAUUCAUAGCAAUUGACAACUACGAAGGCACUGAUUCUGAUAUGGAACCUCUUCGUAAACAUCUUUAUGGCUUAUUCAGUAGCUAUUUCAAAGAUGCCAAGCUUCGAAUUCGCCCACAACAACUUCUGUUUGGAGUUGUACUGAGAAAAGAGUUUGACAUUGUGUCUAUGGAAGAAUGCAUUCGUAUCGGUACCGAGGGGUUAAAGAUGAGAGAGGAAGAGGUUCGAUUCACCGUUUGGUAUCUGGAUCGGUACGUUGGAGCUUUGAUCUAUCAUCCAGAGAUCAAAGACAAAGAUGGUUGGUUUGGGAACUUUGUCAUUUGCAACCCCCAAGUGGUAUUCAACAGCCUCAGUGUUCUCGUUGUCAAGCCGCUGCUGGAGCUCCAUUCUGAAGAGAGCAGUAUUCACUUCAAGGAAGCUGAGAGAAAGAAUUGGAUACUGAAGGGACAAUUCUCACAGGAAACAAUCACUCGAUGCCAUUCGGAGGAAAACCAGGAUGUAAAAAAAGACCAGUUGAUUCCUGUUGAGAAGCUGCUCAUACUACUCGAACAUUCCCACCUUUUGGCCAAGAUCGCAACAGUGGAGGAAGGCCAUACCACAGAAGAGAUCGAAACAACGUAUUUCAUCCCCGCUAUUCUCGAGUGUGCAUCUCGCGAGGAACUAACGAAAUCACCCCCCAUCACUGGUGUUGAUACACCCUUUCCAAUCAAGAUCACAUUCAAACUUCAAUACGUUCCCAUUGGAGUAUUCUGUGCCAUGAUCAGUGAAUUGGUUUCAAGGGGGAGUAAAGGCAAAGGCAUUCUGGGCAUGACUUGGAAACUUGCCACCGAUACCUCAGUAAAGAGAAACCUUGUCUCCUUUCAUAUUGACGAAUCUGCCAAGCAUUUUGUUACCCUGAUUGCUCACGUUGAUUGCUACGAGAUACGGAUUAUUCGACGGGAUAGAAAGUAUACAAUGCACGAGCUUUGUUCCUACGUCCUCUCAACCCUCCUGUUGGUGAUGAAGGACAUUAGUUCACUACUCUCUCCGAUCAUUGCUUUUGACUGCUACUGUGGCAAACAUGAAGAUGGUUCCAAGCUUUGUCUCCUCACACCUGGAGUGUACCCAUGCUUUAAAUGCAGUGAUUCAGAAAUCCCUCUAAGUCUCCACCAAGAAUGCUGGUUUGCAAAAGAAGUCAGCCUGGGGGAUGAUGUUACUCUCCUAGCUCUGCCCUUUGCUGAUCUAGAGGAUCUAGAUCCAAGCCUCACCUUCAAGUGGAAGAAGAGAAGUCCGAAAAUGUGCGGGACUGGAAAUGAAUUGGAAUUCAAAGCCUCGUCAAAUAGUCACUUCAAAGGCUUAAUCAGUUGUGAGAUCUCCAAAAACAGGAUGCAUUUCUUUACCGUGUACCACUGCCUCACGAACAGUAUCGGAUCAUCAUCAGAGAAGGAUACCAGCAAUGGAGACCAGCCGAUUGUUCUGACUGGAGCGGAUAUUAAUACAAUUUGUGAGAGUCUGAAAACAGCCACCUAUAAUUGGUUUGAUUUAGGAUUGGCUCUCGGGGUGAAGAUUAAUGAUUUGAAAAACAUUGAAGAUGAAUACCGUCAUAACAAACGCCGCCUAAUUGAGAUGGUGGGCCAGCGUCUUGAAGUCACUGAUCUAGAACAUCUGAUGACAUGGCCUUACAUAUGUGAAUGUCUAAGGAGUCCUACCGUUGCGCGUAACGAUAUAGCCAAGGAAAUUGAAGACAAGUAUUUGAGGACAGCAACUGCAGUUGCUCAUAGUGCCACCAAUUGAUCAUGAGAACCUGACAAGAUACUGCAUGGAGUUACUUGAAAGGGAUGAAUAAGUAAAGAAGCAUGCAAGAAUGUCAAGUAAAGAACUAACUCUGUGUUGACUAUAUUAAAGUACUGACUAUUAUAAUGCUCUGUGUUCUGUGUGUGCAUAUCACCUUCUUUUUUAUCAUUUCCAGCUUUCUAG